CUGAAUUUAGACAGCUCCUCAGGAUGUGAGCAAGGAGUGUAUACCACAGACGACAGCAGACGAUUGGAAACGCAACAUUGGCGAGUUUUGAGCAGGGAAUACACUGACAAUCUGGGGGUUUAGCAACCAGGGGAGUCCACAAUGACUUGGGGAACGGAGCUUUGGGACCAGUUUGAAAACCUUGACAAGCAUACUCAAUGGGGGAUCGACUUCCUAGAGAGGUAUGCAAAGUUUGUCAAGGAAAGGCUGGAGAUUGAACAGACCUAUGCAAAACAGUUAAGGAACCUGGUUAAGAAGUACUGUCCCAAGCGCUCCAAAGAUGAUGAACCUAGGUUCUCGUCGUGCAUGUCCUUCUACUCCAUCCUGAAUGAGCUGAAUGACUACGCGGGGCAGAGGGAGGUAGUGGCCGAGGAGAUGGGACACAAUGUGUACGGAGAGCUGAUGAGGUAUUCACAGGACCUCAAGUCAGAGAGGAAACACCACCUUCAGGAGGGCAGGAAGGCCCAGCAGUAUCUGGACCAGUGUUGGAAACAUAUGGACAAUAGCAAGAAGAAGUUUGAGCGGGAGUGCAAGGAGGCAGAGAAAUCACAGAUCAGCUACGACAGGUUAGACAACGACAUCAACGCCACCAAGUCAGAGGUAGAAAAGGCAAAGUCCCAGUUGUACCUGCGCACACACUCGGCAGACGAGAGUAAGAACGAGUACGCCGCUCAGCUGCAGAACUUUAACGGGGAACAGUGGAAACAUUUCAAUGUGGCCAUUCCACAGAUAUUCAAGAACCUGCAGGACAUGGACGAGAGGCGGACAGUGAAGCUGGGAGAGACGUACCAGAGCUUUGCCGAAGUGGAGCGCAGAGUCGUCCCCAUCAUCUCCAAGUGUCUGGAGGGCAUGGUGACUGCUGCCAAGGCUGUGGACCAACGCAAGGACUCAGCGAUUGUAGUGGAGUCGUUUAAGUCAGGCUUUGAGCCUCCGGGGGACUUCCCAUUUGAGGACUACAGUCAGAACCUUUCCCGGACGGGCUCAGACAACACCAUCAGCACCCCCAAGAACGAGGGGGUGGUCAAGCCAGACCCCAAACACUCGAUUAGCAAGGUGGCCAAGAACAAACUGUGGCUCUUUGGGAAAAAGCCCAAGGCUCCGUCACUGGAGGACUUCAGCCAUCUGCCUCCCGAACAGAGACGCAAGAGGCUGCAGGCUCGGAUCGACGAGCUCAGCAAAGAACUACAGAAAGAGGUGGACCAAAGAGAUGCACUGAACAAGAUGAAGGAUGUGUAUGAGAAGAACCCUCAGAUGGGCGACCCACAGAGCCUCCAGCCCAAGAUCUCUGAGACCAUGUGCAACAUGGAGAAACUGCGCUCCGAGAUCCACAAGAAUGAGAGCUGGCUGUCAGAGGUGGAGGGGAAGGUGAGCACCAGAGGAGAUCGAAGACCCAGUGCCGACGUCAACCAUCACACACCCCAUGGCAGAGAGAGCCCUGAGGGCAGUUACACAGAUGACCCCAGCCAGGAGCACCGCAGCCCCCCUCACCAGCCAGACCCCCGACAGGCCCACCAGCCAGACCCCCGACAGGCCCACCAGCCAGACGAGUUUGAUGAUGAAUUUGACAACGACGACCCCCUCCCAGUCCUUGGCCACUGCAAAGCGCUCUACUCCUUUGAUGGUCAGAAUGAGGGAACACUGUUGAUGAAGGAGGACGACGUGCUGUACAUCAUCGAGGAGGACAAGGGCGACGGCUGGACGCGAGCCAGGAAGCAGAGCGGAGAGGAGGGCUAUGUGCCCACGUCCUACGUGGAGAUCGCCAUGGAGAAGAACAGCAAAGGUGCAGUCACCUACAUCUGAUCUGACCACCUGCAUGGACUCAUAUUAUAAGCCCUCUUCCUCUGGGGAGUGCUGGUCCGAACAGCAAGUCCUCUUUGUUCACUGUGUGAGCUCACGGACAAACAAACACUCUACAGUCCUGCUAUUGUCGUGACCCUCUAGGAGCUCAGUAUCAAUUAAUUAAGCCAUGUGUGUCUGUAGGACGACAUAUCCAUAGCCAUCAUGCUCUAUGGCAAGGGGACUCAUCACCCCUUAGGCCUGAUUAUUUUAUUUAAUAUUUCAAAAGUGAUUUGUUGUUUUUAGUUCAUGUAUCUUUUUUUGUAUUUUUUUUAGGUAGAUGAUGAAAUGCUCUUCUGGUUUUAAGAUCUUUGGAUCAAAGUGAUUUGGAAAAUAGGAAAAGUGACGUAUACAGAUUUGACCCAUUGUAUUGUCUAUAUGUUAUCACUCAGCUGUUGUGAGCCUGGUAUGUUAAGUACUCUGCUCCACCUAUUAAGACAGGAAUGCAGUAAUACGUCCCGGUAAGGAGUGGCCUAGUUUGUGCCUAUAUGACUCAUAUUUCCCACCACCAUACUACCCUUUAAGAUAAUUGUACACUUCUUCUCUCUUCCUUUGAUUUGUAUGUGUGUGUGUGUCACAACAAUGCUGCCCUCUGGUGGCCAAGGUUAUAUUACACCCAGGGGUGUGGUUCUUCAGUGUGUACUACUUACUGUUCGCUAUCUGUCUCUGUCCUAGGGGUGGGGGUUGAUACAGUAACUCCUCUCCUUUCUCUCUCUCUCUCUCUCCUGUUGGACUGCAGGUUCCUGAGUGGAGCAGUGUGGCGAGGUCUUUGGUGGAGGGUACAUGCUGAGUCUGGUGGAGCUAGUGGCAGGCAGGGCUUGACUUUGGAGGGGAGGGGGUUGGCAGGUCACAUGUUUGCAUGCACACAUCCAUGGCCAUUAACAUCAUUCCAUAGCAGUGGAGAUUCCUGAGGUGGUAGCUAUGCCUCUAUAGGAGGGGAGUGUUCUUCUAAACUGUCUAUACACAACACAGAGUAACCAAUCCACUGCAGCAUACCAGCAAGAUCAGGGACCAGGGAGGGGGCUUAUAGUUAGACUCACAACAUCUUUUAUAAUGAGAGAUAAGCAAUGAAUACACUACUACUCCACUAUUACGCAUCUCUUAAUGUUGUAUUUCUGCUCUUCAGGCAACAUCCAGCACUAACAGCCUGCCUUGUUGUUGCAUUGUUACAUUCUCAUUCCGUUGUUUGGGAAUGUCUGCCUGACUGUGCUACUCGCCUGCAGUCGCCUUACCUUAACGUGCUUCAGCAUGUCUGUAAUAUGAACUGUUAUUACGUCAUACAGGAAGGAAUGCAGCAUCUUGUAUGUAACUCUGUGGUUGCCCCCGCCGCCCGUUGGUUCACUUCUAAUCUUCCUGUCUGUCUCCUUCAUUCAUCCAUGAUUUUGGUUUCUUUUGUCUCCGUUUCUUUUCUUUCUGUGUUAAUCGAAACAUUCCCAUCGUGCUGUGUGUGUUGAGCGUCACCUCUGUCGUGCUCUUGUUCAGGAUCUCAUGUGGCACGGCCACUCAGAUCAGCGUAGGAGCAGUACUUCUCUAGAAACAGCAUGCCUGCCCUUACACUACCACUUCAUCCCCUCCUCCUCAACCCUGCACCAGCACUGCAGACCGGAGAAAGGCAGCAUGCCAGCAGAGGGCCCUCCUCCCUCACCAGCCAGUCAUCACACAGCAGCUCAGGCUAGGAAACCUGGAGGCUGAGCUGAGACAAAUGACGGGGCAUCCACCCGCAAUUCAACGACAACACUCCAAAUCUCCUUGCAGUCUCUGCCUUAAUACUAACUCUGGGAGUGGGGAUGGACCUGCUGAUUGCUCUUCCAUCACUCUCUGCCGCACACAAGGGCUCCAACCGACAGUCUACGGUGGCUUGCUGUGGUGCUCCUCUGCGCCCCACCCAGACUCCUGCCGCGUCUCUUCUCCUCGGUCUCACAGGAGCAUCCUUGGGGCUUUGCUGCGUGCGGUCUCCACGUGAAAGAGUGUUGCAUUCCCAUACCGUUCCUGUUUCAAGCGCAUAUUAUAAUUGUGAAUGUGAUUAUACAUAUGUAUGCGUACUAAUGUGUGUAUGCAUAUACGUAGUUUGUUUUAUUACUAAAUUGUAUGUGUUAACAUCUCUUUUAUUUCAUUCUGAAUGUGUUUUUAUUGUGACUUUUUAUAGGGAUUUUAAUCAGAUGAAUGACUCACUUCUCAGAAUCGUGCCGUUAGCUCAAAGUAACCAUGCAUUGUUGUCAGAACAUCCUUCUGAAUAGGGACAUGGUCUUCACUGAUGCACUUUUGCCCUGUAGCAUUUGAAUCGAAUAUCAAUGAAUAAAUGAAUGAAUGAAAUGGACUCUGUAUGCUACCUUUUGUACAAAUGUAAGGUGACCACUAUGUUAUUAUAGGAGGUGUAGAGUUCAGAACUACCACAAAAUAAAGGCAUUUACUGUAGCUAGCCAUGUAAAUGCUUUUGAUACUAACCCUCUUGAAUUGAAUGGAUUUGAAAGUGAAUUGAAUUUGCAUAUGAGCAUAAUUGACAUGGUGAGUGAUUGGACUUUAAUCAAAGAAGUUAAGUAGCUUUUAUGAGACUGACACAGCGUUUUACCCUUGGCAGGGUAUAAUAUUAGCUAUUAAAAACAACUUUUUCUGUGGUAAAUUUGAUGGUCCCACUUUGAAAUGCUUAUACGAGCAGUGCUUUAGUUCUUAAUAAAUACUUAAAGCUGUGAAAGUGACAUUGUUAUCAUAUCAUGAUAUGCUCAUCUUACUUGAACUGUACCUCUGAACUUCCUAAAGAACCCCAUGUUCGUACUUCCAUUGGAUGUCUUGAUUAAGAGCGAUCUGCUUCGUUGAUUAAUGUGCACUAACAAAGCUCAUGCAGAUCAAAUGGAACAGUGCAUGUUAUAUAAAUCCUGUUGAUUUUUAGUUUAUCAUGUCAAUUCCAUUGCCUGCAUGAAUGCUCUCAUUUGAAUCAUCACUCCUCUCUUGUUGAACUGGUUAAUAGGUGUGUUAUCAGAAAGUGGGGGUUGGAAUCCUCCCUUUCGUUUCAGUGAAAUUCCCUUGAGUGGCUUUCAGAGCAUGAAGGUGCUUGACUCAACAUUUCUGGAGCUUACAGCAAAUAUGUAUUGACCCUACCCUACAAUAUAAUCCAAUAUCAUCCAAUAUCUAGAACAUGGCAUUGUAGAUCUCUAAAUCAGGAGAAGCUGUCAUGGUGUAAGUAGUUGAUUUGAAUAUGAAGCACCUUAACCCAUUAAUUUCAGCAGUGUGUGUGUCUGGUUAUCCUUCAUUAGUAGGAUUUUGACACGCUUUUCGCUAAUGGCCUAAAACAGUGCCGACCGUAUUCUUGGCACCUUGGUGCAAGUGGCCUUCAGUGGUGACAAAGUAUGACGAUAGAUAAUGCUGUAGGUUUUUCACUAGCAACCUUAAGCGAAAGUUAUGCGAUUUAAAAAUGUGAUUUUCACUUUGGAUUAAAACUGUGAGCUAAAUCAUAUCCAUUAUGCUGUAAUUCUGAUUAUUAUGCAAAAAAACCUAACAAUAUGCUUUAAGAUAUCACGGCAAGGAGCAAAUUGUGUUAUCUACCAACCUAGCUGAGUUGGCAUGGUAGCAAAUUCAUUUCAUUGCAAAAAAUAGAUAUGAUAAUCUCACUGUUGACUCUUAUUUUAACACAUUGUAAUAAUCAAUGGCAGUACUUCUAUUUCUUCAUGUUGAUGUGCACAUCUCUUUACUUUUUCAUGUUGUCAAGACACUUUGUGGGGGUAAAAAAAAUCUGUUUUUUCUCAUUGUUCUAAUAAAACAAACAUGAACAUA